CAUGCAUAGAGUGGACAAAGAAGCAGAGGAAGAAGAAGAGGAGGAAGCUUUGCUUGCAGAAGAAGAAGCCCGACAAUUGGCACUACUAGCCGAACAGCACGCUCAGAAGAAAAGCCCUUCAGCUGAUUCACAGGAUAGUAUGUACAGAAGAGCUUCCGCUUUAGCUUCUGCUCUCGACGAAAAAGAGCGUAUUUCUAUAAAAUCCGAAUGUCCUGCAUCCGCCCGUCGCUUUUCUAUUAUCAAUGCAAAGGGGAAAAAAGUUCAUGCCAGUCUCAGUCUACCAGGUUCACCAUCGUUAGCCGUACGUCGACCCACCAGAACCGGAAGCCAGACUUUACUCUGGAGGAGAUCGCGCCCAAUGGUGGGUCCUGCAGGAAGUCGUCCCGCCCUUAUGGCCGUUAACGCCGACAAACAACCAUACAUCUUGCCAUAUUUGGAUAACCUUAAUUUACCUUAUGUAGACGAUUCAAAUGCAGCAACACCAACAUCAGACUUAGACUUACGAAGAAGAUUAUCAUCUACUACCUCAAGUAAAGCUUCAACCCAUGGUAUUAGGGGUCCUGACUAUAAUGAUUUAGCAUCUUUCGCGCACUUUAAGAGACAAAAAGAGCCAACUCAUUUCCAAUUCGGUACUCCUCAAUCGAGGAAGACUCAACCUUUAUUACCUCAAGUAGUAGUUGACAGAACAAAAUCUGACGAAAAUGAUUCUUCUAGUGGAGAAGAAGCAACACCUAUCGGGAGAGACCACGAAAAAGGAAAAUUAUUCGCCGAUAACCCAUUCAUCUGCAGAACCCCUAGCACUACAAUGGUCGACAUGAAAGGUUUACCAUCUUACUUUUUUGCUUUCAAAGUUAAUUUAUCAUUUUAUUCCUAA